UGGGACCAUUGUAAUUGUCAAAAGAGAUCAGGACUGUUAUAGGAAGAGAAAGCAAUCCUUAAUCUUCUUUGAAUAUUAUGUCCUGAUAGUUCCUAUGGAACUAUUGACUAGCCUAGUUUCAGUCUGCAGGUUUAUUUCUAUUAUUGCU